AUGGAGCGAUCUCCCAAGACGGUGGCCGGCGCUGCAUUUCCAUCAACGGAGACGGUCGUGGCGGCGGCGCAGCUCGGCUUCUCCCUCCGACCCCGACCCCGACCCGGCUUUCGAUUCCACCCGACGGACCAGGAGCUCGUCGGUUGCCUCCUCAGGCGCAAGGUUCUGGGACACCAAGGUCUCCACAUCGACAUCGACAUCGACAUCGACUUCGUCCCGGUGGUGAACGUCUACAAGUUCGAACCCCAGGACCUACCAGGAAAAGACCGUCCAGUCAGGUACAAUGGCACCGUCAUCGGCAUGAAGAAGACGCUUGUGUACCACAUUGGUCGUGCCCCUAGAGGCACACGCACCGAUUGGGUGAUGCACGAGUACCGCCUCCACGAUGACCAUGACCACCACAUCCAGGACACGUACGCAUUGUGUCGGGUCUUCAACAAGAACAUCAUCACCCCACCACCAGACCUGCUCGGUGGCGUUGACAUGGAAAAGCAAGGGAUCCAAUCUGUGGCCGUUGGACCUAACACGAAUAAGGAUGAGAUGCAACCCAUGUCGGGUGGCGGUGGUGGCGAUGUGGGUAUAGAAGGGAUGCAGCCCAUAUCGGGUGGUGUCGAGCUGGACAAUGAAGGGAUGCAUUCGGUGCCCAACAACCUUGACAUGGACAAGGAAGGGAUCCAGCCCAUGUCCGACGGACCCAAUGCCAACAAGGAAGGGAUCUUGCCCGUGUUCUGCAACACCAACGCGGACAAGGAAAGGAUUGAUCCCGUGUCAGGUAGCAUCGCCGGGGACAUGGAAGGUAGCUAUCCCGUGUCAGACAACAUCAUCGCGGACAUGGAAGGGAUACAUUCCGUGUUUGGCGACGCCGUCAGACACAACGAAGAGAUCGAUGACAUGUUAGGAGGCAUUUACGCGGACGUCGAUUUUUCCUGGAUGCAGUGUGUGCCGGACGAUAUUUGCUACCCCAACAUCGAACUAGAUAUGUAUGACUCCUGUUCGCAGCUCAUCGAUGACUACUCGUGGUAAAUAUCACCGACGGCGCAAGAACAAUAGAGAAGUAAAAGUAAAAACAGGAGCAGAAUCCAUUUUGAGUCUUUGUAUAUGCUUCCAGGAAGCACUAUAUUGUAGCCUGGAUA